CCUGCACUGCAGAGGACUGCUAACCUGAAAUGAAAAAAUGUUUUAUAGUGUAUUUUUGUGCAUGACCACCUAACAUCUUUUUGAGAGAGCUGAGCCUGAGCAGAGAUGUGGCCAAGGCACCAUACCACUUCCAUCUCCGCCCAAGCAUUGAUCAACCAAAAAUGGGACGCUCUUGUAAUCGGCGCCGGCCACAAUGGACUCACCGCAGCCGCCUACCUCGCCCGCUCCGGUCUCUCUGUCGCCGUCCUUGAGCGCCGCCACGUCAUCGGCGGCGCCGCCGUCACUGAGGAACUCGUUCCUGGCUUCAAGUUCUCUCGCUGCAGCUACCUCCAGAGCCUUCUCCGCCCCACCGUUAUUAAGGAGCUGGAGUUAGGGAGGCAUGGAUUGAAGUUGCUGAAGAGGAAUCCAGCGUCCUUCACUCCGUGUGUGGAUGGGCGUUACCUUUUGCUGGGCACUGAUAAGACGCUUAACCACUCUCAGAUUUCUAAAUUCUCCAAGCGUGAUGCUGAGGCUUAUCCCCGGUACGAGAGGGAACUAGAGAACUUCUGCAAAUUCAUGGAUCCCCUUUUGGAUUCAUCUCCUCCGGAGAAACUACAAGAGGCUGCAUCCUUUAAUUUUCGUAUGAAGGAUAACCUACAGAAGUCAGUCUUUUGGGCUCAGUUGAUGCAACGGGCAGUUGCCAUGGGGAAUAAGGAGCUUCUGGAUUUUAUGGAUCUGUUGCUGUCUCCUGCAUCAAAGGUCUUAAACAAUUGGUUUGAGGCUGAUGUCCUCAAGGCAACACUUGCAACUGAUGCAGUUAUAGGGACAACAGGAUCUGUCAGUACACCAGGUAGUGGAUAUGUUCUGCUACACCAUGUGAUGGGAGAAACUGACGGCGAUCGCGGCAUUUGGUCGUUUGUUGAAGGUGGGAUGGGUUCUGUGUCCUUGGCAAUCUCAAGAGCUGCUAAAGAAGCUGGUGUUACCAUAAUGACAGAGACUGAAGUAUCAAAAUUGAUAAUUGAUGAUUCCGGCAGAGUAUCUGGAGUUUUACUUGCUGAUGGUACAGAACUGCACUCUUCUGUUGUUUUAUCAAAUGCAACGCCAUACAGGACAUUUGUGGAAUUUUUGCCACAAAAUGUACUUCCUUAUGAAUUUCUUGACGCAAUCAAGAACGCUGACUAUAGCUCUGCGACCACCAAAAUUAAUCUGGCUGUUGAGAAGUUACCGCAGUUUCAUUGCUGUAAAUUGAACAGUCCAGAUGCUGGCCCGCAGCAUAUGGGCACAAUCCACAUUGGUGCGGAGAGGAUGGAGGAGAUUGAAUCUGCAUGUUUGGGUUUCUAA